AUGAGCGGAACUACCCUCGUCUCCAUAAUCUACGACACCGUAUGUAUGCGGAUACUCCACCUGAAAUUCGCACCACCUCAGAUUCGUGGUACGCUGGCUUUAAAUUCGGCUGUAGCGCACGACAGCCUUGAGUUCUUCAACAUUGAUGAGAAUGACGUGCAUUGUUACUUCUUGACGGAUACAAAGACUGGGCUAAUACACCUCCCAUCCUGCUAUGUUCGAGACUUCUAUUUCUUUCACCGCUCCUUUUAUCCUCAGCUAACAUUGGUGAAGUUAGAACUCGAGGAUGCACAUCUGAGAAUGAGGCAGACUGCUUUUGCUCAGCGAUUCAUCGAAGUGGGGAAAGUGCUGCUUACUCACAACAUACUCAAAUACAGUCCUCAACACGUGAUCGCGCAACGAAUAUUCUUCCUGCAUGAUGAGCUCACACACCUGCCAUCAUUUCCUCGGAAAAGCCUUGAGACGUGUUUUGGAAUGUACUACGGAGAGAUGGGAGAACAGUUAAAAGCAAUGGAAGCACUCCAUAAGUUCACCUGGGCCAAGCUGAUGUCAGAUAUGUUCGAGAAAAUGGAAAAUGCCUUCAUGUUUGCAGAUUUGCACCUUUUCAUCAACGUAAUUAACGGAAUUAUGAUAAUGCACUGCGAAGACCUCCUGAUCCUACGACGAUGUGCUGCUACUUAUAUUGCUAUGUGCAUUCACUUCAACAGCCUUUUCGCUAGUCAGGGGUUUUUUCUCAUUAUGCCCACUUUGCUGCGAUGCUACAGUCAGCGACAAACGAACCGUGUGUUCUGUUCGGUUGUGGAAUUCUUAUGCAGGCAGUUCUACACUCUGCACAGAAAACCGUUUCUUCUACAGAUGUGUGGCUCAAUAGCUAACAUUAUUGACAACAAUAACAACGAUUUUGAGAUCAAUCCGAUGCGUGUGAAGGCGAAGUACUGGUUUGUGUUGUUAAAAAAUAUGGAGAACAUGAGUGACGACUCGGAUCAGUUUGAUAUCCUAGGCCUCGUUCCAUACGACAAGCCACUAAAGGCGCUUGACCUUUGCUAUCGUGACGAUCCAAAUGCAUUUUGCCUUUUAACGGACGCCGUUGCGAGCUGCAUCUGUGUUUGUGCAUUUGCUCCUGAAAGCAAGCGAAGUCAUCAUAUGCUUCUCGUCAUGGCUGCACUUCAACCGCAUUUGAUCCGUCGAAUCGAAGAAGAAACAGCGUUGCAAUGCAAUUCUCAUGUUGCAGUAAAACAUGAGGUGUCCCAGUGGACAACGAUGUGCGUCGAGAUGAAGGCACUCAUCAACAGCUGCGAUAUACUUGCUAGAGGUCCACAGCGCGCAUUCGACCUAGUAAACACAGUUUCUGAACGCGGAAAGUCUUUUGUUGCUGAUUCGCCACAGUUUUUUGAUCCACCUACGACAAACGAGGAUGAGAACAGUCGGCCUUAUCACUUAAAGGAAAAGAAAUCGGUAGCCGUAGGAUGGGAGGCGGCUGAAAUUGAAGAAACACAUAAAGAGAACUAUCGUCGUCCUAGAGAUACUCUUCUAUGUUUAGCCGCACAGUUCAUCGAAAUGGCUACACCAAGGUUAAAAGAACUUGCGAAACUGAGUUCCACCAAUGAACAUACGAAGAUUCCUGAAGUGAUGGAUCAUAAGUGCCAUGUUAAAUUGAGUGAGAUAGCUUUGGCUCUGCUGAAGAUCGCCUCAUAUGAUUUGGCUACGAUGUCUUGCCUAGGUUUGCAAAAGUACUUCACGACGAUUAUGCCUGUCACUGACUGGUCUAUUGAGUCAAAUCGUUCCGCUCUGGGGAUUAUCCUGAAACGGCUGGACAAGACCAUCGCGAAAAUUGCAAAAAAGCAAAGCAUUCGAAGAAGAGUGAACUGGGUAGCGUUGGCUAAUUGGAUCAAGGGGAUCUGCGAUACACUUUCCGUUUUCCCAUACAUGGCUCAUCUGAAUCCACUGAAGUCGACUACCCAGUUAUGUCUGCGAAUAAUCGCCGGUGAUCCGUUCAACGAGGAAGGAUCAAUUGCCACACACUCUACCACUGUUCUUCAUCCCGCCCCACCACCACAGGCCUUCUGCAGUGCUGUCCUCCGCAUGACUACAAUUCUUAUGCAAGCACUGGGGCAGGCAUCUUUCUCUUUGGAGAUGGUGUCGAGUGCUGAAGGUUUAGGUGCAGCCGCGGAUCGCAUUGAGGCCGUGCUCUGCCAUCUGCUUAUACCGUUGUUUUUGCGUACUUCAACAAAUCCCAAAGAAGCAUCGGUUAUCCAAGCAAAGGACCUUUCCUUCUGUUUAUCUCUGAUGCAACAUGCAAUUUCUCCACCAAUCGGCAAACACAGUGCAACACCUAUUACCAGCUCGACAACAUUGACAACAACAUUUAUAAGAGGAGAUUUAUCAGGAAGACAAGGGUCAGUGUCAGUGACAGAUCGAGGCCACUCGGCUACAGUCUCUACGCUACGCAUAGUUAGGGAAAGUGUUUCCCAGAGCAUCUACCUAGCGCUGAAGGUUAUGAUGUUGUGUUUUGGUAAGCUGCUCACACCAAUGUGGCCGCGGGUUGCAAGGCUUGUAAGAGAUUUGAUCAGCAAGAAGCAAGGCGGGCAGAGUGCAGUACAAUUCAUUGACUUUGUUCUUCAUGCUGAGCUCCCCAUAGCUCUUCUCAUACUUCCUGUUAUUCAACAUAGGGUGAAGCAAAAGCCGUCAUGUGAACAGGAUGCGCAGUGGCAGGCCGAAAUCAUUGAGAAAAUCGAGUCAAGGGCCCAUUUCACUUUAUCUCUGGGAGCAUUGUUAAACAAAUGCCAGAUCGAAUUAGUGCAAUUAAAGGAUGACCUGGCUUGUCGCCCUCUAGAUCUCCCACGAUCUUACACCCCUACCGCUACCGAUGCUCAUUCUGAUUCUUCUGUCAUCUCAGCGGCGCAAAGGAAAGACAGAAAAGCCAGCUUGCGCAAACCUCAUCAUAUCAAAGAAGGUGGCGAAGAAACAAUUCUUGAGGAUAUCGAAGAUGAAUGCGGAGAGUCUUCGUCGCAACAGCCGACAACCAGUAGUCGAGUUACGAAGAGUCCGAGUGUCCCAUUGAAUAGGGUUGGAGCCUCACCGAGAACACGAUCUAUCAGCAGCUUUGGGAUGUGGAGAAGUGUACGUCGUAAAUCUCGUCAUGUGUCAACAGAGAGCGAAAGUGAUGGUGAUCGAAGUGUUGAACUUGCUGACAUUCACAGCCGCGAAGAGACUGGAGUGAUACAACGAACGCCACUUCGUCGUUCAACGGAAGCACUUGUACUACCUCUACACGAAACACUUGAUGCGAAUCGACAAAGAUUUGUCUCGUUUUCCACGCCCAAGAAACGGAAUGGAAAGGGUGAUGAUGACGUGUUCCAGAUCACAGAACAACAUCAACUUGUUUAG